GAGUUAGAAGAGAGCGAGAGAAAAAAAAAUAAUGGGGGCGAAGAAGCACGGUGAGGGUAACGGCACCAACAGUGAUGUAUUUGCUUCAUGUUCCUUCUCUAGCCUUGGCCUUGAUUCCAAUUUAUGUGACCAACUUCGCGAGAGGUUGGGAUUUGAAGUUCCGACGCUGGUGCAAGCUCAAGCAAUUCCUAUUAUUCUCUCGGGGCGUCAUGCACUUGUAAAUGCUGCCACGGGAACGGGGAAAACUGUUGCGUAUUUGGCUCCAAUCAUUCAUCACUUGCAGAGUUAUGAUAAUCGGAUUCAGCGCUCAGAUGGAACAUUUGCGUUGGUUCUUGUACCGACGCGCGAGCUAUGUUUGCAGGUUUAUGAAAUUCUUCAAAAGUUAUUGCAUCGGUUUCAUUGGAUUGUUCCUGGAUAUAUUAUGGGAGGUGAAAAUAGAUCAAAGGAGAAAGCUAGGUUGCGCAAAGGCAUAUCAAUUCUUAUAGCAACUCCUGGGCGCCUUUUAGAUCACUUGAAGAACACAACAUCAUUCUUGUACUCAAACCUGCGCUGGAUAAUUUUUGAUGAAGCUGAUCGGAUUUUGGAAUUAGGAUUUGGAAAAGAUAUAGAGGAAAUAAUCGAUCUUUUAGGAUCAAGGAAAACAAGGCAUGAUGACCAAGAGAAUACUGUUCCAAGACACUCUAAUAUUCAAAGACAGAAUUUACUUUUAUCUGCCACCUUAAAUGAGAAAGUGAACCACCUUGCUAAAAUUAGUCUAGACAAUCCAGUGAUGGUUGGUCUUGAUGGUAAGAAAAUAGAACCAAUUUCAACAAUUGAAAGCCUUGAUCCUUCAGAGUCUGAUGAAGACAAUGAAGACAAGUAUUCCAGUAAAGUGCCAAUAGUUGGAGAUUACAAUGUCCCCAUACAGUUGAUUCAGAGAUACAUGAAAGUGCCUUGUGGUUCACGGCUUCCUGUACUUCUUUCAAUUCUAAAGCAUCUCUUUGAAAGGGAACCUUCUCAGAAGGUUGUUGUAUUCUUUUCAACAUGUGAUGCAGUAGACUUUCACUAUUCACUGUUAAGUGAAUUUCAAUUUUCAUCUUAUCCAAAAACAGAAGAAGGGACCCGACAGAUGUUUAUUGGAUCCAAAACUUUCCGGUUACAUGGUAAUAUGGAACAGGAGGAUCGGAGAACCAGUUUCCAGACCUUUAAAACCGAGAAAUCUGCUUUGCUUUUGUCCACUGAUGUUUCUGCUAGAGGCUUGGAUUUUCCGAAGGUUAGAUGCAUCAUACAAUAUGAUUCUCCUGGGGAAGCUACAGAAUAUGUUCAUAGAGUUGGUAGAACUGCUCGACUGGGUGAAAGAGGAGAGUCAUUGUUAUUUCUGCAACCAGUUGAAAUUGACUACUUACAGGACUUGGAGAAACAUGGUGUCUCACUCACCGAGUAUCCUGCCCUCAAAAUGUUGGAUAGUUUUCCACUAUAUGGACAAAAGAACCUCGCAAAGAAGUCUGUUUUCAUUGACUCACAUCCUUGGGUCCUUUGUCUCCAGAAGGCACUUGAAGCCUUCGUCACAUCCAAGCCCAAGAUGGAUGAACUUGCCAAGAAGGCAUUUUGCUCUUGGGUCCGAGCAUACACAGCCCAUCGUGGUGAGCUGAAAAGAAUAUUUAUGAUCAAGAAACUUCACUUGGGGCACGUAGCAAAAAGCUUUGCAUUGAAACAACAACCCUCCUUAGUUGGACAGUCAUUCCAAAAGCAAAAUAAGAAGAGAAAGAUACUUGAGAAGAAGAAAAAUAGGUUGCCAAAAAGGAGAAAAGUUACGAGUGUGUGACAGAAUGCAGACUAUGAAAGUGGCUGAUGUUGCAAGUUUGAUUAAACAACAAAAUGAUGACUAUGGAUGGAUCCAAUGAGACUGGAAUCAAGAUCAUUAUAUCAACAAUGCCGUUACCAAGAGACCUGAGAGGAGGUAGCAUCAAGGCCUUCGGCUCUGCUAAUUCAGUAGCACAAAUUUCUAACCGUCACUUUAAGCCAGGUGCUAGCAUGUAUACUACUUUUAACUAAUAUUUUAGAGUGAUAUUUAUAUAUAAACUAUUAUUUUUUUUAUUUUUUUGAAAAAAGAAGAGAAGGGGCUGGGGUUAAAAUUACUAGGUUUUUUUACACUCAGUGUUUAACUAAUUCCUAAACAUCAGCCUUACAUUGGCUACUAUGUGCUUAUAGUUGCUUUGAAAAGUCAGUUUGUUAGCUAAGCUCGUGGUUGGGAUUCUACCAAUAUUGCAUGAAAUGUUAUAUGGUUGACUAGAA